AUGGAAAGCCAUGGAAUUGUUGAUUCGAGGCCGAAGGUCCGAAACCGCUUCCCGAGGAUUGUAAUAAUCAUAAUACUAACAGAAUUCUGCGAGAGGUUCUCAUUUUCGGGGAUGCGAGCAUUCCUAACGUUAUAUUUGCGGAGUAAGCUUGGUUACACAGACGAAGGCGCUACGGAAACGUACCACGUGUUCAGCACUUUUGUGUACGUUUUCCCGAUUAUUGGCGGCAUUUUAGCUGAUAACUGGUUGGGGAAAUUCAGGACAAUUCUAUACUUGAUGUUCGUAUACGCAGCUGGUAAUAUUUUAGUGGCUGUAACAGCUAUACCACAACUGAAUCUACCAGGGCGGCUUUGCACACUUUUGGGUCUUUUCAUGAUAACAAUUGGUACGGGCGGUAUAAAACCCUGCGUUUCUUCAUUUGGCGGUGAACAAUUCGUGCUUCCCGAACAGGAAAAGCAUUUAGCGAUAUACUUCAGUAUUCUUUACUUCACCCUGUGUGUGGGGAGCCUAAUAGCGAAGACAGUUUCGCCGAUAUUGCGCUCGGAAGUCCAUUGUUUUGGCGAUAAAGACUGUUAUUCGUUGGCGUUUGGCGCGCCUGGGCUUGUAGUCAUUGCGUCUAUAAUAAUCUUUGUGAGUGCGAAGGGAAAAUAUGUUAUGAAAAAACCGGCUGGAAAUAUUAUAAUGGAUUUCAUCAUGUGUGUUGCUCUCGGUAUAAAAAAUACCAUAAUGAAAAAGAAGAAGGACAAAUCAGCUCAUUGGCUGGACAGUGCACAAGAGAAGUACGAUCAAAGGUUUAUACGUGACGUGAAGAAAACGCUGUCGAUACUCACGCUGUUUACUGUUAUACCUGUAUUCUGGGCUCUGCUGGAUCAAAUGGGUUCCCGGUGGACUCUACAAGCUACCAAAAUGGAUGGAAGAUUGGGUUUCAUCACCAUUAAACCUGAUCAGCUACAAGUUGUCGCGCCAAUUUGCAUAUUGAUUUUCAUCCCUUUGACACAAAAGUACGUAUAUCCAUAUUUAGAGAGACGUAAUAUGCUAAAGAAUCCAUUACACAAAUUGACAGUUGGAGGAAUAUUGGCGGGAGUCGCAUUUAUUGCUUCUGCUCUAGUUGAAAUUUACAUCAAGACAACGUAUCCAGAACUACCACAGACUGGCUUCUCUCAACUUCGGAUAUUUAAUGGCAACCCUUGCUCAAUUUCGAUUCAGAAUGACCAACAUAAUAUAAUUUACACUGUUCCAUCUCUCUCGCACUACACCAAUAAGCACAUACCAGUAAAAGGGAUGGAGAACAUGACGAUAAGUUUUGGCGGGAAUUGUAUCAAACCUAGAGAUGAGAUGUUAUGGCUAGAGGAAAAUAGUGCUGUUUCAUUUUAUAUAAGUGGUAAUCAAAUUAAGAGGUUUAUGGAAAAUGUGGAUAAAAGUAAAUCUGGGUUGCCAGUAGUGAGGUUCCUAUCGAGUGAGCUUAACGCAAGUGCGCUUUUCUUUAAUGAGAGAAGAAAUGAAAUUGAAGCGGUAAUAAAUAGUGGGGUGUCGAAACAGACUGAUGUGUUUGCUUCCGAUUAUUCUUUAAGAGUUAAUAAUGACAUCAUUAUGAGUGAUAUUAGUAUGACGAAUGGCGGUGUAUAUGCGAUUGUCUUAGACAGAAUUGACGCUGCUUAUAAGGCCAAACUCAUAGUGAUUUCAGAACCGAACUCGAUAACGAUGGCGCUUUUAUUGCCGCAGUUUUUAAUUAUGUCGAUAGCAGAGGUACUGUUUGCUGUAACUGGAAACGAGUUCUCAUUUAAAGAGUCCCCUGAAAGUAUGAAAGCAGUGAUGACAGCGGUAUUUCUGCUAACAGAGGCGAUAGGAAACGUCAUCAUUAUUGUCAUAACACGACUCUUCACUAACUAUAAACAGGAAACACAAUCGUUUUUCUAUUCGGGCCUAAUGUUUGCAUCAAUUCUCGUGUUCCACUUCCUCUCGCGAAGGUAUGAAUUCACGGAAACAGAAGAGGACCAUGUUGAGAAGAAGUGUCGGAGUAAUAGCGAAGUGUUGUAUCAGCAGGUUAAACAAAUAGAGGAUCUCUUAGAAUAA